CCCGCGGCCGGCGGAAGCGCUCGGGCCGCGUUCCCUGCGAGCGGCGCCGCCGCGGCCGGAGGCGGAGAUGGCGCGGGCGGGCUGAGCCGCCAUGGUGCCGUGCGGGGCCGUGCUGUGGCGGCGGCUGCUGAGGAAGCGCUGGGUCCUCGGCGUCGUCUUCGGGCUGUCCCUCGUGUACUUCCUCAGCAGCACCUUCAAGCAGGAAGAACGGACGGUGAGAGACCGGAACCUCCUCCAGGUGCAGGAGCACGAGCAGCCCAUCCUGUGGAAGGAGCAGUUCAGCUCGGGGAACAGCAGCCACCUGAGCAACCAGUGCCGGAACUCCGUGCAGGGGAAGCUGCUCAUCACGGACGAGCUGGGCUACAUCUGUGAGAGGAAGGACUUGCUGGUCAAUGGCUGUUGUAAUGUCAACGUGCCCAGUACAAAGCUGUACAGCUGUGACAGCUGCCUUCCCAACGGCUGCUGCAGUGUGUAUGAGUACUGUGUGUCCUGCUGCCUGCAGCCCAACAAGCAACAUCUUCUGGAACGCUUCUUGAACCGGGCAGCUAUUGCUUUCCAAAACCUCUUCAUGGCAGUUGAAGAUCGUUUUGAGUUGUGUCUGGCGAAAUGUAGGACUUCAUCACAGAGCGUGCAGCACGAGAACACCUAUAGAGAUCCCAUUGCAAAGUACUGCUAUGGCGAGUAUCCCCCGGAGCUGCUGCCUGUUUGAAGGCUGCGUGAUCGGAGCAGCAAGGCGAAGGAACUGGAGACUAGAAUCCCAAAGAGCGAGACAACAGCUGUUGCUCUACAAGAGCCUCAGUGUAAAUGGUUUAUGGUGGUUUUGGUGGCAAACGCAGAGGUGUACAGAGGAAGCAAGAGACUUAAGUUCUGUGGAAUUGAAUCUUGCUUUCUUCAGCUGACGUUGUGCACCUGCUUUGGAGCAUUGGAAGGGCGUUCUGUGAAUCAUUCUUCUACAGUGGUUUGUGUUUUAGGAUGCAUGGAGUGGAUCUAGCCUAUAAAAUAUCAUAGAGAAAAAAUCUAAUGUAGCUUUGCAGCUGUACCUGUAGGUUCAGUAGCCUCUGCAGUCCAGAGACUUCUCAGAAUGACAAUAAUAAUGACAGAAUCUUUGCUUGCAGAGAGUAAAGCGUGCCUGUUUUUACUCCGGAGUACUGUCCUGAUGUGCAUGGUGUACACUACAUAUGUAAUUAUGAAUUAUUUAUUCAGUUUAUAUGGAUUUCUAGCUGAAAAUAUUGAUGCUUUGCAUAGCUGGUUGUCGAUGCCUUUCGGCUCCUGUUUCUUUGUAUCAUGUAAAAAGGAUAUUUUACAUCCUGACUAAAAUUGGUUGGUGUUUUUCCUCCUUUGUCUAAGGGGUUUGUAUUGGGCUUUGUGGCUAUAGUGCUUAUAUUCCGCUUGGUGAAAGUUUAAAGCGUUUGGAACUCCAAUGGAGUUGUGAUCAGUGGAAGUCCCAUUGCAUGAGAGAAGAGCAGGGAUCCCCCUGUGACGGGACCGUUAUUGUCUGCAAGUGCUUUCCUUAGUGCUCUGCAGCAGUUUCCUCCAAGAGGAGCAUUAGCCUUGCGAACAGCUCUCUGCCAGUCCACUUUCUCAGAGGAAGCAAAGAAAGUUUAUUUGCUUGAACUUGUUCAGGUCCUGGUAAUUCAAUUGUACUUCACUUCUGGUUGUGCAGGAGGCAAAAGGGUGGAGUUCUUCCGGGAUCCUUGUCUAAUGACGUCCUUGUUCAUGAGGUAAUUGUGCUAGAAUGUUAGAAUAUGGUGCAAGCCCUUCUCUGGGGACAGCCGUGUUGUGUGAGCUCAGUUAAACCAUCAGGGUGUUUUACUUUGCUGUUUGACAUGCUGCUCUGAAGUUUCAGCCCGAUCAGAGUGGCAGUAGAACAUUCUCCCAGUUUUCUAUGGUUGACUCAUUAAGUAAGGCUGCUCAGCACAGGGAAGAUGGACAGAGAACGUGUAAGAUAUUGACUAAAUCUGUGCUCUCCCCACAUGUCGCUAUGUGAAGGCCAAGCACCAGCCAAAACUGGGCUGCUUUUUGCUAUGCAAAGCCUCACUUCCCUUGUUUUCACCCUAGCCAUUUCUGUGCAGCGAGGGCACUUCAAUUAUUCUGACUUUGUGUAUGCAUGUUUAAAUUGCUGUUUCCUAUUCCAUCUGAAAGAAAAACAAUCUACAGAGGCUUUGUGAUAAAACAAGCACAGUGGUGGAGGAUCCUGGUGCAAAAGAUAUCUGUACAAUGCUACAGCAAGAUAUCUCUUAUGUUCCUAAUUAAAAUUCCAUGCAAUAUGAACAAGUAGCGUUACCAGCCAUCUGAUAAAUCCACUUGCUUUGUUUUCAUUGUUCGUUCCCAGAAGUCAUCAAGUGAGAUAAUGAUUCCGUCAGCAGAUUCUCUUGAAAAUCUUGUUUCUCUGAAAGCUGUAGCGUGAGCAGUUUAUCUGGAUGGAAACGUCUUCCCCUUUGCUGCCAUCCUAUGGCAAGUCGCUGCAGCAAGCAUGGUGCAGGGUGAAGGUGCAAUAUGAAAUGCUGUCUUAAGAGGGUAGCAGAGGUUACUCACUUCUCUUUUCAGUGUUUAACAGAUUCUUCACCUCCCUCCCACACUUCGUAAGGGAGGGCUAUUGGGUUGGUCUUGUUAUAUCAUUCCUACUGAGACGUAUUCCUGCAUGUCGUGUUGCUGCACAAAGAUCGAGGUACUGAUGGCUUACCCUUGCUUUCUUUUCCAACCUGGUAUUUAUUCUUCAGCUGGUGAUACCGCUGCCUUGAAGCAGUAACAGUGAGAAAUCAUAAGAACCAACUUAACGUGGGUGACAUUAGUGGGAAUUCCUGGUCCCUCUCAGAAAUGGGAUGUUGAGGAGUGCGCUGUGACCAUUGCCCGUUCACUGCGACAGAAAGCGUGUCUUCCUUCCCUGGUUGUUAGGCUGUUCAAAUUGUCUAUAUGAUGUGUUAAAUCAUUAAAAAUAUAUCUGUGUUCCAGAAUA